UAACCAUCUUUCACUUCCCUGUUUUAAAGACUAUAUGCACAUCUUGUGUUGGCUCUUUACACAUCUCUUGUCAAGCUGUGAACUUGCAAUUGCUUCAUUUCAUUUUUUUAAUUAUUACUUGAUCCACGAACGAAUAUGGAUGCUUUCUUGCAGCAGUUUCAACAUCUUAAAAUCCAACUAGAAGAUAUAACAUCAGCCACCGACAACUUCAACGAUGAUAACUGUAUUGGACGUGGUGGUUUCGGGAAAGUUUACAAAGGAGAACUGUCUCACUCUAAGGGACGAAGCACAGUUGCUAUCAAGCGUCUGGAUCCGAGGCAUGGACAAGGAAUACCCGAGUUCUUGAAAGAGAUCACAAUGCUUUCCCGUUACAGCCAUAAAAAUCUCAUCUGUCUUCUGGGAUUUUGUUACCAUGGGGAUGAGAUGAUCCUGGUGUACGAGCAUGCAUCUCGAGGAAGCCUUGAUCGCCAUUUAAAUUCCCCGCAUCUCACGUGGUUACAGCGUUUCAAGAUAUGCCUCUAUGCAGCAGAGGGAUUAAGUUACCUUCAUGAUCCAAGGGAGACACACCAAAGACUUAUCCACUGUGAUGUAAAAAGCGCCAACAUCCUUCUUGAUGAGCAAUGGAAUAGUAAACUUUCUGAUUUCGGGCUAUCAAUAAUGGGCCCCGCUAAUGAGCAGCAAUCGGUAAUUGUCACCACAGCAUCAGGUACCCCUGGGUACUGUGAUCCGCAGUAUGCAAUGACACACACCCUAACAAAAGAGUCAGACGUAUACUCUUUCGGUGUGGUCUUAUUCGAAGUUUUAUGUGGGAGGUUAUGCUGUACAUAUAGCAAUGGUCGUGUUGAGCAGAAUUUAGUGCGAACGUGGAUUGAAUGCUAUGAAGAGAAGAAGUUAAAUGAUAUCACCUUUAAAGAUACGACCAUUGAACCAUUGGAGCAGAGCGCUUUAGAAACUUUUUCUGACAUUGCAUAUCGAUGUUUGAAGGAAUCUCGUGAAGAUCGGCCAAGGAUGGCUGAGGUUGUGACAGAACUUGCGACUGCGCUUGGAAAUCAGAAGGUAUUCUGGCAGCAAUUUCAAGAUCUUAAAAUCCCGUUGGAAGAGAUAAAAUUAGCCACCAACCACUUCAAUGUUGAGAAGAACUAUAUUGGAGGUGGUGCUUUUUGGAAGGUUUAUAAAGGAGAAUUGUCUCACUCUAAGGGCCGAGGCAUGACUGCUAUUAAGCGUCUUGAUCCGAAGCAUGGACAAGGAAUCCGUAAGUUCUUCAAAGAGAUCAGGACGCUUUCCCGGUACGAGCAUAAAAAUCUUAUCUCUCUUAUGGGAUUUUGUUACCAAGAGGAUGAGAUGAUCCUGGUGUACGAGUAUGCGUCUCGUGGAAGCCUUGACCGCUAUUUAAAUUCCCCUCUUCUCACAUGGUCAAAACGUAUCAAGAUAUGCCUUGAUGCCGCGGAGGGACUAAGGUACAUUCACGAUCCAAGGGAGACACAUGAGAGACUUAUCCACUGUGAUGUAAAAAGCGCCAACAUCCUUCUUGAUGAGCAAUGGAAUGGUAAACUUUCUGAUUUUGGGCUAUCAAUAAUGGGCCCCGCUAAUGAGCAUCAAUCGGUUAUUGUCACCAUAGCAGCAGGUACCCCUGGGUACUGUGAUCCGCAGUAUGCGAUGACGCACACCCUAACAAAAGAGUCAGACGUAUACUCUUUCGGUGUGGUCUUAUUCGAAGUUUUAUGUGGGAGGUUAUGUUGUACAUAUAACAAUGGUCGUGUUGAGCAGAAUUUAGUGCACACAUGGAUUGAAUGCUAUGAAGAGAAGAAGUUAAAUGAUAUCACCUUUAAAUAUACGACCAUUGAACCAUUGGAGCAGAGCGCUUUAGAAACUUUUUCUAACAUUGUGUAUCGAUGUUUGAAGGAAUCUCGUGAAGAUCGGCCAAGGAUGGCUGAGGUCGUGACAGAACUUGCGAGUGCACUCCGAUAUCAGAAGGUAUUCUGGCAGCAAUUUCAAGAUCUUAAAAUCCCGUUGGAAGAGAUAACAUUAGCCACCAACCACUUCAAUGUUGAGAAGAGCUAUAUUGGAGGUGGUGCUUUUUGGAAGGUUUAUAAAGGAGAAGUGUCUCACUCUAAGGGCCGAGGCAUGACUGCUAUUAAGCGUCUUGAUCCGAAGCAUGGACAAGGAAUCCGUAAGUUCUUCAAAGAGAUCAGGACGCUUUCCCGGUACGAGCAUAAAAAUCUUAUCUCUCUUAUGGGAUUUUGUUACCAAGAGGAUGAGAUGAUCCUGGUGUACGAGUAUGCGUCUCAUGGAAGCCUUGACCGCUAUUUAAAUUCCCCUCUUCUCACAUGGUCACAACGUAUCAAGAUAUGCCUUGAUGCCGCGGAGGGACUAAGGUACAUUCACGAUCCAAGGGAGACACAUGAGAGACUUAUCCACUGUGAUGUAAAAAGCGCCAACAUUCUUCUUGAUGAGCAAUGGAAUGGUAAACUUUCUGAUUUCGGGCUAUCAAUAAUGGGCACCGCUAAUGAGCAGAACCGGUUUAUUGCCACAGUUACAGCGAGUACCCAUGGGUACUGUGAUCCACAGUAUGCGAUGACACACACCCUAACAAAAGAGUCCGAUGUAUACUCUUUCGGCGUGGUGUUGUUCGAAGUUUUAUGCGGGAGAUUAUGCUAUACACUUGAUAGCAAGGGUCAUGUUAAGGAGAUCUUAGUGCCCACGUGGAUUAAGAGCUAUGAACAAAACAGGUUAAAUGAUAUUAUUUUUAAAAGUUCGAACAACGAACCAAUGCAUCAGAGUGUUUUAAAAAUAUUUUCAGACAUUGCGUAUCAAUGUUUAAAUGAAUCUCGUGAAGAUCGGCCAGAGAUAGCUGACGUUACGUCAAAUCUUGAGAGUGCAUUCCAAAUUAUUUCAUGUUCCAAAGAAGAAUUGUUGUACAAAGGGGUUCUCGUUAGUGGCGGCAAAACGUGGUUUUCAUUAAAUAAGAAGGGAGAACACUGUGUGAUGAUAUCUAUUGCAGAAUGUUUGGGUUCAAAUGUCCAGCGUUUUAGCUUCUCGUCUGGAUAUAAUGCAAGAUUUGCUCUGGGCUCCUACCUAUAUUUUUAUGCGGAUAGGGAUGUCAAAAUUACGCAUGUAAGAACUCAAUUCUUGUCACCAGGAAUCACAUACACGGUGAACCUUGUGUUCAAGUUUAUGUACACAGAAGAUAAAGGAAGAUGUGAGCCUAUAUACCUCAAAUACAAAUUGAAAGGGGAGAUUGAAAGUUCAUUUUCACACCUUGCAUGUCAGAGAGAAGAUGGAUGGUGGAUGUGUGAAUUGUAUCAGUUUACUUGUUACCACAAAAUUGUUCAUCUUCAGAUUUUGUUUGAGGGCUUCAAUAAUUUUAAUAGCAUACAAGUAGAAGGCAUCGAAUUUCAGUCCUUGGUGAAUGUGGAACAUACAGAUGAGAAGCAACCCAUAUCAGAUUCAGAUUCAGAUGCAAACUGGGAAGAAAAACUGCCAGCUGAUUAUGAAGACAUAAUGAAAUGGUCAAAAAAUAGCCUGCAAUGGACAACCAAGGAGGAAGCGUACGCAAUUAUUCGCAAAGGCUUCUUAAUCAGGGAUGACAAUAUGGAGAGAGGCAUUCUGGAACAUGAUGCAAAUUUGGAAGAAAAGUUGCCAACUGAUUAUAAAGGCAUAAUGAAAUUGUCAAAAAUAAGGCUGCUAUGGAAAAGGAUGAAGAAAGCAUACUCAAGUAUUCACAGAGAGUUCUUAAUAACUGAUAGCCAGAAGAGGGAUAUUUGGUUUUCUCUAGACAAAAAUGGAAAGAAAUGUCAUACGAUAUCAUCAAGAAAGGCUGGCAUAUGGAGGUCGCACCAGGAUAUAAUGUCUUUUCCCGAAUCAAGAUUUGGAGAAGCCGUUCUCUUGGAUUCUGACUAUAUUCGCAUUAAAACUGAAGUCAAGUCCCAACUAGUAUCAUCUGAAACAAUAUAUGCAUGUUACCUUGUCUACAAAUUACCAGAAGAUCAAUCUGGAUUUGAGGCUCCUUUGGUAGUGGAAGACAACCAAUGCGAUUCCGGAGAUAAAAUUUGGUAUAUCUAUUUAACGAGUCCUCAAACUCCUGUUAUUAGACCAAAGGCUGGUCAAAACACCCACAACCCACUCAAUUGGUGGAAAAUAAAAGGUCUUCCACAACAAAGGAACGAUGGAUGGAUUGAAGUGCAAAUUUGGGAAUUGCGUGCUGCUGCUACAAUCAACAUGGAUCUUAAGUUGAGAAGUUCUGGCUGGAAGAAGUUUAGUGGGCUUGUUAUUGAAGGCAUUGAGUUUAGACCCAUAUAGAUAUCUUUUUUGUAAUGGACAAGAUUAAUUGUAAACACAAUAUUUUUUUUCUUA